AUGAGCGUCUUCUUCAUGAAGAAUGGGGAGGAGUUGGCGGUGUAUCAGGUUCAGAAUGGGGCGGUGGUCAAUGACUUGAACAGCCUCAAGGUUGAAACACCCAACAAGGAGUUGUUGAUGUCCCUGAAGAAGUCUGACCUUUUGGGGCUCUUUUCUUCGCUUGGUCUCAGGCUGACCAAUUCCUCAUCAGCAACCAAGGACAGAAUCGCCACCAAGAUUAUUGAGCGGUUUGAGUUUCUGAAGACCAGAGCCGAUGAGUUGGCAGAGUAUGAGGAGAAGAAGAAGUCAGAUGUUGAGAGUUCGGAUGAGGAGAAGAAGAAGUCAGAUGAUGAGAGUUCGGAUGAGGAGAAGCCCCCGGCCUUCCCGCCAUCAUUUGGCAUCAGCGCUUACCAUGUCACAGGCUUUGAGGAUGGCAAGCCGGUUUUGGAGACGUUCAAACAGGACGAGAUUGAUGACAGCGACAAUGAGAUGAAUGAGGAGAUGUAUGAGUUCAUGAACAGCGCCGACUUUCAGUUCUAUCUUGACGACCCUUCUGACUUCUUCAACAAGCCCAAAGAGGUUCAGGUUUGCUCGGCAAAGGGAGACAAAGCCCUUUUUUCGGUGGUGGUUGAUGUUGGAACUACGACAGGUUCAAUGCUGAAGGAGACCAUCAAGAAGCGCAUUGACCACAUCAGCAGGGACAGCGACCAUGCCACCAUGGAUGUUGAUGACUUCAUUCUCAAUGAUGGCAUCUGCAACAUCAAUGAAUACCUCCCACUUCCAGAGCACACUUCAAGGGUCUUCGUGUAUCUUCGCUUGAGAGGCGGGGGAAAACAGGUUCUCAAGACAUCCGCCAAGAAGACCAAGGCUCUUGAUGACUUGAAAAAGUCAGCCCGUGAGUUGGCAAGUGAGACACAUGUUGUGGAUGACCUGCCAUUCAUGAAGCAGUUCUCGGAAAAGGUUGAGAAGUUUGCCAAGGAGGUUGAGAAGAGCCCAAAAAAUGCCAUCACGAUGAUGUUGGAGUGCUUGGAUGUCAAGACUUUGGAGGCGUUGCAAACGAACAUGGAGGCUUCCAAGGCAAGCACAUUCGCUCAGAAGUUGAAGCAUGUGCUGAACAUCUUCUUUGGCGAGGAGGGCAUGAAAAUGGAGGAAAUCAUUCAACAGGGACAGAAGAUGACCGAGACCGCCGGCUACUUCGUUGAGUAUGCCUUGAAAAAGGAUGACAUCUCCGCCGUGCCAUUCUUCAAGAUGCUUGAGGUGGUGAAAUCCAAGAUGCAGGGUGCUGAGGAGGAGCGUGCCAAGAUGAACCAAUCUGCCAACGUGGGCGGAGAUGCUUUGAUGGACGGUUGA